AUGGAUGGAAAAAGCGAAGAAGAAGAACUCGAAGUCACCGAAUGGGAACUCAUCAACAACGAUGAAUCACCAAUCGUUGAAUUCGAUCCCAAUUCUUCAUCCGUUAUCAGAUCCGAUCAUUUCUCGAUCAAUCCGGUUCAUCAAAACCCUAAUUCGGUUAGUUCGGUUUCCAGUUCCGAAAUCGAUCGAAACUUCGAUGAUUCCUACGUCGCAAAUCAGCUUUUCCCUAAUCCAAUUGUUCCGGCAUCAUCUUCCGACAAUAAUUAUCGGUGGAAUGAUUCCGAUAAUUCCGUUAUUUCCGAUGAUAUUUCUGAUAUUUCCGAUAAUUCUGAUAGGGUUGUUGCAGAUACAGCCAGUUUGACCGGUGAUAUUGGUUUUGAUUCUGAGGAAAAAGUGGAAGAGAAAGUGGUGAAAGGGGAGAAUGAGAGAUUCGUGUGGUGGAAGGUUCCUUUUGAGGUGUUGAAGCAUUGGAUGAGUCCUCUUUUGAUUCCUGUUCCGUUAUCUGUUGCUGCUGCUGCUGCGUUUUUGGGGCUUUUGAUAUUGGGGAGGAGGCUUUAUAAAAUGAAGAGGAAGACUCAGACUUUGAAGCUUAACCUUGCUCUUGAUGAUAAGAAGGUAGCUCAGCUCAUGGGUCGUGUAGCACGGCUCAAUGAAGCCUUUUCAGUUGUGAAACGUGUUCCCGUGGUACGACCAUCUCUGCCAGCUCCUGCUAUAACUCUGAGGCCUGUGAUGAGUCUGAGAUGA